AUGAUGACGGACUCAGCGGAUGUAUUCGAGCUAGAGCGCACGUUGUUCAAUGAGAAGAAUGUAUGGGUCUACCAGGUACCAGCGGGUCAAGUGACGAGUCUAGCGCCGCGCGCCGAUGCAUGGGAUCCUGCGCACCCUCUUUUUACUGGCUCAGUACGCGUGCUGCAGAAAGGUGAUGCGUGCUAUGUGCAGCUCUUUGAACCUGUAGCAGAAGGUUCUGUGAACCCUACAUUGUUUGCUCAGUGCCCUUUGCGGAUCACGCGUGAACUCAGUCUAGACGUAUAUGUACACGAUUGCGUGGAUUCUUCGCGUUACUUCAUGCUACGCGUAGAGGACGAGCAAAGUGAGCGUUGCGCUUUCGUCGGCAUCGGCUUUUCAGCUCGCUCAAUGGCAUUCAAUUUUAAGGCAACGCUACAAGAUUAUGCAAAGUAUGUGUUGCGACAGCUCGGUGUGCAACCCGGUGCGGCUACAACAGCUGCAGAGACGAUUUCUUUAGUAAAACAAGACUUAAGUUUACCCCCAGGAACGACCCUUAGAAUCAAUCUAAAAACUAACGCCAGUGAGGACGGAGAUAAAUGUAGAAAGGAUCGCAAGUGUGGAAAAGAAGGUGCUGUGAGUCCUGCACAGGUACCGCUUAUCCCGCCACCGCCAUGCCACUCAACGGAACAGGUAGAGAAUAUGGCGUGUCCUCAGAAGUUGUCGAUGUCGACAAUUGCUGAUGACGAGGAAGAUUGGGGAGAGUUUGUCUCGGCUUGA